AUGGCUCAACACGAAGCAUCAAGUCCCCAACUCCACCCCGGCGAUCAGCACGAGAUCCCCAGCGUUGAGGCCCACGGGUCCUUCGACUCGCUGAAGGACAGGAUCAAGACGCACUACGAAAUCGCGUCGGACUACUACUACUCGUUAUGGGGCCAACACAUCCACCACGGCCUCUUCAAGUCCGCCAACGAGACCAAGGAGCAGGCCCAGGUCAAUCUUAUUAACUAUCUGCUGGAGAUCUCGGCUCUUCCCGCUGGCGCUAAGGUCCUGGAUGUCGGCUGCGGCGUCGGCGGCACGAGCCGCUUUCUUGCGCGCGAGCGCGGUUGCACGGUCACGGGCAUUACGAUCAGCGGAAGGCAGGUCGAGAUCGCGAGGCAGGUGACUGCGACAGAGACGGGUGGUGCCGCGCCUCCUCCGGGAAGCUUCGCGAAGUAUGCCGAUGAGGCGGGGAAGGAGGGAGGUAAGGUUCGCUUCCUCGAGCUCGAUGCCGAGAAGAUGCUGGAUCACUUCCGUCCGGCUGCCGGUGAAGCGGAGACGUUUGACUGCGUCUGGAUAUCGGAGGCGCUGUCGCAUCUGCCGAAUAAGGAACUUUUCUUUUCUUCAUCGUUUUCCUUGGUGAAGAGUGGAGGAUUGCUCGUUAUCGCCGAUUGGUUUAAGGCGCCGAUUCUAUCGCCCGAGCAAGAGAGUGCUGACAUCAAGCCCAUUGAAGACGGCAUGUUACUUCCCCGGCUCUAUACCGCGGACGAGUAUGUUGCACUGGCGACGCAGGCAGGGUUCCGAGCUCGCAAGGAGCCGGUUGAUAUAAGUAAGGAUGUGGCUAAGACGUGGGAUAUUUCAUGGUCUCUUGUUUCCUCGCCUUCGCUCUGGGCCUUCGCCAUAUCUCAAGGUAGAGACGGCCUUGCGUUCUUGCAGGCAUUUAGGGCGAUGAGGAGAGGCUAUGCAAAUGGGACGUUUAGGUAUGCGGUCAUGUGCUUUGAGAAACCUUAA